UAUGUGUCUUUGCUUCCGAUGUAACUCAAAAACAAACACUAGUACACUACUACCAACAACCCACCUUCCACUCUCUCUGGCAUUUCCUCCUCAAAAUAAUGGCCUCCUUGUCCCUCCACUCUCCUCCGUCCACCACCGCCGCCUCCUCAACCGCUUCCUUGUACCCCAAUUCCUGCUCCCUCCUUACCCUGCGGACCCGCUCCCUUAGCCUGCGCUCCUCCACCAGGACCUUCUCUAUCAGAGCCCAAUCCGCACCUAUCCUCACCCAAGAUGACCUCAAGAGACUCGCUGCCGACAAAGCCGUCGAUUACGUCAAAUCCGGCAUGGUUCUGGGCCUUGGCACUGGAUCAACUGCUGCUUUUGUGGUUGCUAAGAUCGGGGAACUCCUAAAAUCCGGUCAGUUGUCCGGUAUUGUUGGUACACCCACUUCAAAACGCACGGAAGAGCAAGCCCGCUCGCUCGGGAUCCCACUGUCAGUCCUCGACGAUCAUCCUCGUCUCGACCUCGCUAUAGACGGCGCAGACGAGGUGGACCCUGAUCUCAACCUUGUCAAAGGCCGCGGUGGGGCCCUUUUGAGAGAGAAAAUGGUUGAAGCAGCGUCUGAGAAGUUCGUGGUUGUAGCCGACGAGACGAAACUGGUAACGGGUCUUGGCGGGAGCAAGCUGGCAAUGCCGGUGGAGGUCGUGCAGUUUUGUUGGAAGCAUAAUUUGGUGAGGUUGAAACAAUUGUUCAAUGAAGAAGGGUGCGAAGCUAAGCUAAGAUUGAAUGAAGCUGGCAAGCCUUAUGUGACCGAUAACUCCAAUUACAUUGUGGAUUUGUAUUUCGAGAAUCCAAUUAAAGAUGCAUAUGGAGCUGGAAGAGAGAUUUCAGCUUUUGAAGGAGUGGUGGAACAUGGGUUAUUUUUGGAUAUGGCAACAGCCGUGAUUAUUGCUGGGAAGAGUGGAGUGGAGGUCAAGGCCAAGUGAUAUUUUCAGAGGAGGUAGGGAGAACUGAGAUCUCUUAUCAUCUGCUGCUCUUCUAUUGUUGUUGUUGAUUACUUUCAUGGUGAUUUUGAGCACUUUUGGUCUAGCAUCUUAGGUGGGCUCACCGCUAAUGGGCAUUGUCUGAGUAAUUGUUAGAAUUUUUUGUGCUGUGUGUUUGUUGGGCAUCUUAGAAGGACUUUGCACAAUUAUCAUAGGAGUAGAGACGUGAAAUAAUGGGAAAUGAAUAAUUUUUUUUCAUGCUUA